CGUACUUUACUCAUCGUGACAUCAGCAAGCUGUUGUUUGAGUUAGCUUCAAGCUGACUGUCCUGAACCUGCAACAGGUAGAUUCUCAAUAAAAGGCCGGAGUCCUGAAGCCGGAAGAAAAGUUUUAGUUAUUUUAAGGGAUCCAUCUGAGUAGUAAGAGUUUCUUAUUAGGAAAAACAAAAUGUUGAAGUGAGAAGGUCAUCACUUUCUGACUAACUUCCUUGUUUGAACUAAAAGCAGAUCUGUUAUCAUUGCUCCAGUGAAAUCAUUCCGAAAGGAAAACUGCAAGCCUCUCCUCAGAAGGGCAACAUGCUGAUAAUCUGAAGAAAAUGCAUCUAGGAAAUCAAAUGUGAUCUCGUUGACCUCGUUUCUCUGCCCAAAACCAGUUGGCACCUAAUCCGUAUAAUGAAUCAUACAGAACUGGAAAAUCAAGGGACAGGACUGAGGGCUGUCUUUGACAUUUUGGAAAAGGCACCUUCAGAGCGAUUACUCAGCCUCACGUUCCAGUUGGGUGAGUCUCCUGAAGACACGAUCAUACACGCUUUGUGUCUGAUCAUCCUCCAGAGAGAAGCCCUGGCCCUGGAGAAGCUCCAGAUGCUAGAGGACAACCCCCUUGCCAACCAUCUGGCUGAAAAGUGGCACUCAGGCGGAGGUAAAUUCGACGAUUUCGGAGCUCACUGUAGCCUGUUUGAGGCCAAGACGGGAGAGUCUUUGUCAUCGCUGGCUCGGGUUUUUAAAAUUUUGUCUGAACAAAGGUUGUGCGAUACACGUCUAAGGAAUCUGGCUUACAAGAGAGCCAUUUUCUGCGAAUGCCUAAACACAAGCUCUCUGGAAUAUGAAAAUUUUAGAGAGGAGGCCAGAGCUGUAUGUGGGCCUCAGUUUACAGAGCCUAUGUGCUUCCACUCCGAUCUGAAAUCGGAGUCUUCCAUCGAUCCAUGCAGGGAAAUCAGUGAAGGAAAGGCAACUUUAAAUAUUGCUGCUUCUCUGGAUGAGUCUGCAAAUGUUCACUGCCUGCCCACCCCCCUGCAAGACAGUCCGUCUGAGCCUUCAUACCCUACUCAUCUCGAGAUAAGUCUUCCUCCAACAAUUUCUUAUCAAGGGGACAAAGCAACUGCUGAAUCUCCAGGAAACCCAAUAUUAAAUCCUUCCAUCAAUGACAAUAAAACAGAAAAUGUCCCAGAACAAAUUCACUGUACACUCACUGUACCUCAGCACACAUCGACUGAAAUAUCUCAGUUUGGAGCAGAGAAAAGCAUUAAGAUAGAAGAAGCGUCAAUGAGGAGUAACGAGAGUGCAACCCAGCCACUAAAACCCUACACUCAGACUAAAUCAAGCCUACCGGCUGCUACACACAUUAUUCUUCCAAGCAGUACUGGUCUAAAAAGCACACACAUAAGCAAAGUAGAUGAAGAGGAGGACGAGGAGGACAUAUUUUAUGCAUUCGUUAUCUUGCAUGCUCCAGAAGAUUCGGAUGUGGCAGAGAGCAUGAAGGAAAAACUUGAGGCAGUCAUCGGUAUCGAAGGGGCAACUUUCUCAGGGGACUUUGCCGUUCCAGGAAAGAGCACUCUGAGGUGCGUGGAGGACGCCGUCAACAACUCUGCCUUCACCUUCCUUCUGCUCACGCGCAACUUCAACUCUCAAAUGGUGGAAAUGAAAACCAACAUUGCCCUCAUCAACUCUAUAAACAACGCACACAAAUUUAACACGGUUAUCCCCCUGCUGCCUCUGGAGAACUGCAUGCCAAAAGAGCAGAUGCCCAUCACCUUGCAGACAUUGAUGCCACUGGACGAGAGGAAGAACUUUGAGAGAAAACUGAAAAAGGCUUUUAAUAAAGCAAAGAUUGAAAAACAGAGAAAGAUCUGGGUACAGGAACAGAGAAUGAGGAGGUUGAAGGAAAAAGAGCGGCAGAGUCUUUACAGGGAGCAACAGCUUGUUCUUGGAGCUGCCGUACAACGAGAGCAGGACAGCGGGGAUCCAGGGCCGCAGCGGCUGGCGCAAAACAUUCACAUCGAAAAUGCAAACUAUAUUGUGAUUGGGAAUGACUCGACAAUGACUGUGGGUGUAGAGGGAAGUGCCGACAAAGGUGGCCUAAGUUAAAGAAAGAGAAAAAUGGAAGCAUAAGAAGGUAGAAAGAAAAUAUUCUGAACACUAAAAGUGUUAAAGUUGGAGCAGCUGCGUGGUUUUCAUUGCAAAUUGUUUUAUUGUUCUCAACACAGUCGGUAAAAGGGACAAAUCAGCACUUCUACAUACUACAAAGGAGGCGGAAUCAAAGGAGAGACCAAUCUUUAAGUAUGGCUCAAGACUGCCACCUACUGACUGAAACUGAGCGUACAAUCUCAUGUCCACUCAGCUGUACGAACACUGUUUGGACACUAGAGGGUUCUGUCGGCACACUUUUAUCAUUGCCUUUCGCAGGCUGAAGUAUCCAGGUAACGUGCUUUGAGUUUCCAUAAAAUGUUGCAAAAAUAAAUGUUUGCACAAUAAGUUUGGUUGACUAUGUGGGAAGAGGUUUGACACAUCUGUAACUAAAAAAUACAUGCGACCUGUGGUUC